GGUAGAACUGGUACCCGCUCGGCAGUUGCUGGGCCCACUUCUGAUGUUUGGAUGUUUGGAUCUUGUUUGCCACGUCGCCACUAGUAAUGCAACUGGUUGGGAGCUCUUCGUACAGCGUAAAGCGUGCCCGUACCGGUGUGCUCGUUGCUCGUUCACCGUUCAGCUUGGCACUCAGCGACUUCGACACAUUGUUUCCUCACAAUUUUCGAAAACCAAGAGCUAAAAAGCUAAUACGAUCACCAUUCAUCAAACAGAAGAAGAAAAAUAUUCAACCAUGACGGACUCUACUAUCCAAUGGCCCAAGAAGACCAAGGAGAUGGAAAGCCACCACUUUGACUCUACUGUGUGGAACGACUUCAAGUUCAGGGAUGAUGACAUUGUCAUUGCAACUUAUGGCAAAAGCGGCACCACUUGGACUCAGCAGAUCAUCUCCCAACUCAUCUUUCAAGGAGACACAACCCUGGAUGUGGCCGGAAUUUCCCCAUGGGUGGAUCUGCGAGUUCCUCCCAAGCCCAUCCAGCUUGCUAUUCUGGAAGAACAAAAGCACCGCCGUUUUGUCAAGACCCAUCUCCCCGUGGAUGCCCUCGUCUUUUCUCCCCAGGCCAAAUACCUCUACGUGGUUAGGGAUGGCCGUGAUGUGGCCUGGUCUCUGUUCCAUCACCACAUGAACGCCAAUGCGGAAUGGUAUGCCGCCUUGAACGACACUCCAGGACUGGUGGGUCCCAAGAUUGGCAAGCCCGUCUCGGAAGAUCCUGUGGAGUACUACAAAAGUUGGUUUGACAAUGAUGGAGCUCCCUUUUGGUCAUUCUGGGAGCACAUGAAGUCUUGGUGGGCCAUCCGUGACCUGCCCAACGUCAAGUUUGUGCACUUUAACGACUUGAAGAAGGAUCUGAGUGGACAGAUGCGAGAGAUUUCGGAAUUCUUGGAGAUCCCCAUCAAUGAGGACAAGUUUGACGAGAUGGUCGAACACUGCACUUUUGACUAUAUGAAGAAGCACGCGUCGCAAAUGUCUCCUUUGGGGGGAGCCCUCUGGAAUGGAGGCGGGGCUACUUUUAUCAACAAGGGGACCAAUGGGCGCUGGGCGGAUCUUCUCUCGGACGAGGACUGCCAAGCAUACGAAAAGAAGGCAGUGGAGGAACUGGGCGAGGAGUGUGCGGAGUAUUUGAAGAAUGGAAGUUUGGCAACUGUUGUGCCCCAGCCAAUGACCGACAACUCUCUGCAGCAAUGAACAGUCCGUACCUUGCUGCCCUUUGGAUCCGAGAAAGCCCAAUUGUUUUAUUUUUUGUCUGCCCAUGCUGCGUUUCUUCAGCAGUAUACCGUAUGGAAGUGGGUUUGGAGUAUGGAAGAUAGAUGUAACUAACCAAUGCUUAGCAACAGAAUAUUUGAAGCC